GCUAAGAAGCUGAUUACACGAGUAAAUUGUAUUCAAAUUUAAAGAUUCUUUAUUUAUUUUUUUCUUUUUAAUAUAAAUAAAGGCAUUUCGUUGCUUUGCAGUUUCUUGCUCUAUACAUAUAAAUCUAAAAUUGAAAAUCAAGACAAUUGCGUUAUAUUUGUAAAACUUUUCUGUUAAUUGGAAAAAACUUGUCCUAAUACACGUUAUUGCGGAUCGAAAGUAUAUUUCAUUUCAGCUGCUUUGUCUGACCUCUUUUGGAUUAUUCAACUGUCACAAUUUAGCCGCACGAAUAAACAGGCGCAAGCGGUGGACAAUUACUAGUGUGAUCAUUUACAGCAUGAGAACAAGCCAUUUAAGAUUUAAUUCUGGAUAUUAUUGCCAAAAUUAACAAUUAAAGCGCCAACACGACCAACAAGCACUUCAGCAAUUAUUGUUAUCACGCCAUGGUACAUUAACCACAAAAUUUCUAAUGCAUAACACAGAUGGUUAUAACUAUGACACUGAUAUAGAUGACAAAACUGAAUAAAGCGAGCCGUUGCAAGAGCAAUUUCAGUACCUUUCAUAUAUUGAAUACGAAGAGCAACACCAUUUAAACAUAAUUAUGGACUAUCGGCUAAUAUUAAAAAAUGUGAUCGAAUUUUCGAAGACAUUUUUUAUUGUCUACUAAAAUUUUUUGCUCACAUAACGAAUUUCAACCUAACUUUGAGUACAAUGAUAAGGGAGUAUCGGCAAAGUAUUAGUGUUGCGCUCUGUAACCCACUAAUGAUAACCGUAGCGAUAAGGAAAACACCUAAAUAAUAUAUUUCUCGUGUCACAAACAUAUAAUGCCUAUAAAUGGAUCAUCGCCACCAUCAUCGUUGCUAUUAAUACGAUUAUCUUCAACAAAUAUCACAUUGAUGACAAAUGAAACAAACGCAAACUCCUCUAUAGCACUCCCUAAACCUGCGCUGUAUUAUGGUGGUCAACGGUAUAAUGUCAUUGAUGUUGAGCAAGAUGCCAUUGCCAAUAUGAAGUAUUUAAAUUUUGUUGCCAAUGGCUUGGUUGACGAAAACGUUAUGGUAGGCAAUGACGUGAUGAAUGAUGCUGUUAGCAUAGGUGGCAUUGCUGGUAACGACGGCGGUGGUAGUUCACUUUACGGCCCCAGCAGCAGCUCGGUUCCUGUUGAUGCCUCUAAUGAAUCGCAUUUAACCUUUGUCAUCGUCAAAUGUUUCAUAAUCGGUUUCAUCAUACUUGCUGCCAUCCUGGGCAACAUGCUAGUUAUCAUAUCCGUUAUGCGACACAGGAAACUGCGCAUAAUAACCAAUUAUUUUGUGGUCUCACUAGCAGUUGCGGAUAUGUUGGUGGCGCUUUGUGCUAUGACCUUUAAUGCUUCCGUUGAAAUAUCCGGCAAAUGGAUGUUCGGUUCGGUUAUGUGUGAUGUCUGGAAUAGUUUUGAUGUAUAUUUUUCAACAGCAAGCAUUAUGCAUUUGUGUUGUAUAUCAGUGGAUAGAUACUAUGCGAUUGUUCAGCCGUUGGAUUACCCUUUAAUAAUGACUUCGCGCCGUGUAUUUAUUAUGCUGAUAAUCGUGUGGCUGGCUCCCGCUUUACUCUCAUUUCUACCCAUAUGUUCGGGUUGGUACACAACAAGUGAAAAUUGGAAAUACCUUAAAUCAAAUCCAGAUAUUUGUGAAUUUAAAGUGAAUAAAGCGUAUGCCAUUGUCAGUUCAUCAGUAAGUUUUUGGAUUCCGGGUAUUGUAAUGCUGUCAAUGUAUUAUCGCAUAUAUCAAGAGGCCGAUCGGCAAGAACGUCUUGUCUACAGGUCCAAGGUCGCGGCUUUAUUGUUGGAGAAACAUUUACAGAUAAGUCAAAUACCGAAACCACGUCCCAGCAUACAAGUUGAACAAUCUACCAUCAGCACUAUGCGACGUGAACGUAAGGCCGCCCGCACAUUAGGCAUUAUAAUGAGCGCUUUUUUAUUAUGUUGGCUGCCAUUCUUCCUUUGGUAUAUAACUUCGUCAUUGUGUGAAAGUUGUUCGACACCACGUAUCGUGGUUGGCAUUUUAUUUUGGAUCGGUUACUUCAACUCGGCAUUAAAUCCUAUAAUUUACGCCUACUUUAAUCGGGAUUUUCGAGCUGCCUUCAAAAAAACUCUAAAGCUGGCAUUAUCAUAUUUCAUACUGCGUCUUACAGCAAACAUUUGGUAAAAAAAUAUUUCAAAAUUAAAUGUGAACAUUUGUCGCUUGCAAACUCUCCGUACAACCUUAAUUGGUAAAUUCUUUUUUAUCAUUUUAUCAUUUAUAAGCAAUUAAUGUAUUUUUAGCAUUGUACGUUUUUUUAAGCCCAACACCGGAGUAGCUUAACACGCCUAGUAACAAUUAAGGAAGCAUGUAUUGAAGCAUGAUAUCUUAAAAUAACGUCCAUCCGUCUAUCUCUAAUUUCACCUUAAAAAAGUUCAAGUCAACUAGAGCAAUAAAGUGAUCUCGAAAAGUUAACCACAAAUUUGAUUAACAUUUUUAUUUUUAUUUAUUUAUUUUUUUCGUAAU